CUGAGCGCUCAAUGGCCUUAAAAUAAUGGAAGGGAGAACAUUUGGCUGUUACAAAUCUCCUAGACAGGACAAGAUUCUCUUAAACUUUCACUUGGACGACCCUUCGUUUACUAUAUCGCAUUUACAACAAUGCCUUGUACUAUGGGAUACCUAGAUAUUGCUCUUGCAGCACUGGGUGUUUAUCUGAUCAAACGCCUUUUCCAAGCAAAGUCGCGUCUACCACUCCCACCAGGCCCCAAAGGAGUUCCAAUACUGGGUAAUAUAUUCGAGAUGCCAUCUGAGAAGGCCUGGCUUGCUUUUGAGAAGUUGAGCGAGAAACAUGGGAACCUAUCGUCGAUGAAUAUUUUUGGUCAUUGCCUGAUUCUUGUGAACUCUGCGGCAAUUGCGGAGGAACUGCUAGACAAAAGAAGCGUUUCGUACUCUGAUAGGCCACCUAUGGUCAUGGCCGGUGAGCUCUCCGGUUGGAACAAGGCUCUACUCAUGACAAAAUAUGGCGAACGGUUUCGUCAGAUUCGUAAAUAUUUCCAUCAGGCAAUUGGAGCCAGAACUAGUAUCCGCGCAUUCGUACCUAUCGUGGAACACGAAACUCUUCGUUUUGCACAAAAGGUUUUGUGCGAUGAUACUAGACUCGAGGCCCAUGUCCGCAAAACUGCUGGGGCUAUCAUUCUUCGUAUAUCGCAUGGAUACGAGGUCCAGGAUGGUAUAGACCCCCUCGUAGAGUUAGCAGACAAAGCUCUCGAACAGCUAUCUGAAACCGCCGCACCCGGUGCAUAUCUCGUUGAUAUAAUUCCGAUAUUGAAAUAUAUCCCAGAAUGGUUUCCCGGUGCAGGCUUCCAGAAAACUGCAAAACGUUAUGCAAAAACCCUGCAAGAUGCGGCAGACCAAGCCCAUAAUUAUGCCAAAACUCAAAUCGCUUCUGGAAUAGCACCAAACUCAUUUACGUCUCGUCUGUUCGAAGGCUGUUCUUUGACUGAGACCGAGGAAGACAAUGUCAAAUGGGCAGCUGCAUCCGUGUACCUAGGUGGUUCUGAUACGACUGUUUCAGCAAAUUAUGCAUUUUUUCUUGCCAUGACUCUCUACCCUGACGUUCAAAAAAAGGCUCAAGCAGAGCUGGAUGUGGUCAUUGGUAAAGACAGAUUGCCAACCUAUGCUGAUCGUGGGUCUCUACCGUAUGUUGAAGCACUGUUUAAGGAGAUUCUUCGAUGGAAUAUAGUUGCACCGUUAACUAUUCGCCGAGCAUCAAAGGAUGACGUAUGUGGAGGAUACUUUAUCCCAAAGGAUGCACACGUUAUCGUCAACAUAUGGCACAUUCUCCAUGAUGAACGGACGUACGUUAAUCCAAUGGAAUUCAACCCAGAACGAUUUCUAGCCUCAGAAGGGAGAGAGCCUGAGACGGACCCAAGAAAUACAUGUUUUGGAUAUGGAAGGCGGAUAUGUCCAGGCCUUCAUCUUGCAGAAGUUUCUGUGUUCAUGACCUGUGCUCUGUCACUCGCAGUACUUGACGUUCGCAAAACUGUCGAAAAUGGAGUGGAGAUCACGCCUGAGAUAGAAUAUUUGGGUGGUUCAAUUUGUCAUCCGGCACCUUUUAAAUGCUCUAUCAAAGCGCGCUCGAUUCAAGCUGAAGCUCUUCUCUCUCAGUCCAACGACUCUUGAAAGCCUUGAACGGUCUGCUGUAUAUGCAAGCUCUGUCCACUCACCGUUACUCGUCCACCGGAAAGGCACCUAAAGUACCGUUACCUAUAUUGACAGCACAUUUGUGUGCGUUUUAUUUUGAGUUAAGGCAUAGUCCUGCUUUUUCCAAUGAAGAACAACGUUUCAGGAUUAACCGGGAGAAGGAAUGCUGAAUAUCCUGUAGGACUGGCCUAUUACUGGCCUAUUACUGGUGUAAUUUAUACUUCGACUGGUAUAUGUAUCCAUUUCUCUUGAUUAUGUCUUCUGUAUUUUGUGAAAUUCUACU